GACCGAAGGACGGAGGGAAGGCAGAUGGGACAGUCUCCUCCAUCAAGCAAGUCCACCUGGCCCUCUGACUGAGGUCUGUGGAGGCAUUUUCCAGUGACCCUGAAGGCUCAGGAACCACAUCAAGGUGCAUCCAGUUCUCCAUUAACUCCCUCAGAAGAUAAGAGAAGAUGGCCACAGAGCAGAAGUGACCUUCGCCCAGCAUUCCUGGCUUAAUAAUUGACAUGUUUCGUCACGCUAAGAAGUCCCCAGAGGCAACACAUCUAUAAAGGACUUGCGGUGUCUUAGCGAUCCCUUUGUGUGCGAGCCCCACUCUGGCCUCUCCUCAGCCAUGGCCAAAGGAUUCUUCAUCAGCAAGUCUUUGGGGGCUGUAGGCCUUGUCCUUGGCCUGGGGGCCGUGGCCACUAUCAUCGCCCUCUCGGUUGUCUACUCCCAGGAGAAGCAGCGGGCAGACGACCUCUCCAACCAGAUCCCAAGCAGCACCAGCGUGGCUGUCACCCCCGGCACCGCCCAAGCUACCACGGCCAACGGCAGCGUCCAAACUACCACAACCAAGCCUUUGGAGCCUUGGGACCACUUUCGGUUGCCCAAAACUUUGAUGCCCACCUUUUACACCAUCUCUCUGCAGCCAUUUCUGACAGAGGUCGGCCCAAACUUCUACAUUUUCAAAGGGAACAGCACAGUGGAGUUUCAGUGCAAGCAGCCUACGGACCUCAUACUCAUACACAGCAAAAAGCUGAAUUAUACUCUGCAGGGGGCUUUCCUUGUGUCCCUGAUGGGAAUUGAUGAUGCCAACCCACCUGCCAUCCAUAAUACUUGGCUAGAGGAGAAGACAGAGUACCUGGUGGUGAAACUCAAAGGGAACCUCCAGCAGAAUAAGAAGUAUCAGCUGCAUGCCGUCUUCACUGGGGAACUGGCAGAUGAUCUGGCUGGCUUCUACCGCAGUGCAUAUACAGAAGGAACGGCAACCAAGCUGUUGGCUACAACCCAGAUGCAGGCUGCUGAUGCCCGCAAAGCGUUUCCUUGCUUUGAUGAGCCAGCGAUGAAGGCCAACUUCUCCAUCACGCUGAUUCACUUGCCUGGUUAUGAGGCGCUCUCCAACAUGCCCAUUAAGAGAACUGAGGCGGUAACAAUGCCAAGCGGAGAAAUCUGGACGCGGACUGAAUUUCAUCCCACCCUCAAGAUGUCCACCUACUUGCUUGGUUUUAUUGUCAGCGAGUUUGAGAAAGUGUCUGUUACCGAGAAUAAUACCCUGAUCCAGAUCUGGGGCCGCCCCAAGGCGAUCAGGGAGGGCCAGGGGGCCUACGCACUCAACGUCACGGGGACCAUUCUCCACUUCUUUGAGAAGGAAUACAGAGUACCUUAUCCUCUGACGAGAUUAGACCAAGUUGCCCUUCCGGAUUUCAACGCUGGAGCAAUGGAGAACUGGGGGCUGAUCACAUACCGUGAGAGUGCCCUACUCUUUGACCAGGAAUACUCUUCCAUCGGCAACAAGGAACGGAUUGUGACAGUCAUUGCUCAUGAAGUAGCCCACCAGUGGUUUGGAAACCUGGUUACCCUGGAGUGGUGGAAUGAGCUGUGGCUGAAUGAGGGCUUUGCGUCCUAUGUGGAGUAUCUGGGUGCACAUGAAGCUGAGUCCACGUGGAAUAUUAAAGAUCUGAUUGUGCCGAAUGAUGUCUACCGUGUGAUGGCCAUCGACGCCCUGGCUUCCUCACACCCGCUCUCCAGCCCUGCAGAGGAAAUCAACACUCCCGCUCAGAUCAGUGAAGUCUUUGACUCCAUUUCCUACAGUAAGGGGGCCGCUGUGAUCCGGAUGCUCUCGGAAUUCCUCACCGAGGCCGUGUUCAGGGAAGGGCUGCAGACCUACUUUGAGACCUACCAGUAUGGAAAUACUGUUUGUGAUGACCUCUGGGAACAGCUGCAGAAGGCAGUAAAGAAGAACGUGAAUCUUCCAAGCACCGUCAAGACCAUCAUGGACCGUUGGACCUUGCAGAUGGGCUUCCCGGUUCUCACGGUUAAUACCGCCACAGGCAUCAUUUCCCAAAAACAUUUUCUGCUGGACCCAGAAAGCCCCGUUGAGAGACCCUCACCGUUCAAAUACAUCUGGAUCGUUCCAGUUUCCUGGCUGAGCAAAGGAAAGGCGGCAGAGAUGUACUGGCUCACAGACACUACGGCUGAAAAUGUCAACUUCUCAACUUCUGCUGACCCCACCCAGUGGCUGCUGCUCAACGUUAACGUCACAGGCUACUUCCGGGUAAACUACAAUUUGGAAAACUGGCAGAGGCUCAUGAAUCAGCUGAACGAAGACCUCCAGAUGAUCCCGGUUCUAAAUCGUGCUCAGAUCAUCGAUGAUGCCUUCAACUUGGCCAGAGCCAAGCAUGUGGGCACCGACCUGGCCCUGAACACCACCCGCUACCUGGCCCUGGAGAGGGAGUAUCUUCCUUGGGACACGGCUCUGGGCAACCUGGACUACUUCCGCCUCAUGUUUGACCGCAGCGAAGUCUACGGGCCGAUGCAGGGAUACAUCCGGAAGCAGGUCACCCCCCUGUUUGAGCACUUUCGGAACCUCACUCAGAACUGGACCAAAAUCCCGGAUGGCUUGAUGAACCAGUAUAACCAGAUCCUGGCCAUCCGCACGGCCUGCUCCUACGGCGUCCCUGGGUGCAAUGAACUGGCCGCCUCCUGGUUUAAGGCCUGGGAAAAAAACGACACCAACAACCCGAUCUCGCCCAAUCUGCGCUCCGCCGUCUACUGCAGCGCCAUCCGCACAGGCAGCCUGGAGGACUGGGACUUCGCCUGGAAGAUGUUCCGCCAGGCCCCGGUGAUCUCGGAGGCCGACAAGCUGCGCGCGGCCCUGACCUGCAGCCAGACUCCGUGGAUCCUUCAGAGGUACCUUCAGUAUACCCUGGACCCCAACAUGAUCCGCCGCCAGGAUGCCAUGUCCACCAUCAACAGCAUUGCCAGCAACGUGGUUGGGCAGUCCCUGGCCUGGGAUUUUGUGCGCAUGAACUGGAAGACCCUCUUCCAGCAGUUUGGGAGAAGCUCCUUCUCUUUCUCCAGCGUCAUCCAGUCGGUAACCCAGAGGUUUUCAUCCCCAUUUGAGCUUCAACAGCUGGAGCAAUUCAAGAAAGACAACGCGGACGUGGGCUUCGGCUCAGCCACCCGGGCGCUUGAGCAGGCCCUGGAGAGAACGAAGGCCAACAUCAAGUGGGUGGCAGAGAACAAGGCGCUGGUCCUGAAGUGGUUCCAGGAGAACUCGUAGGGGGAAUCGGCCGGUGCUGCUGCAGGGUGAGGGCAGAGGGUCAACAUCUGGGAUGUUGCAGUGGCCUCAGUGACACUUUGCCCUUGAGCCACGGCUCUAAGGCAGAGGAGCAGGUGGGCUGCAACUCUCUCCGGUGGCCGUGGUAAGGCCCCUUUAUAUUUUGUAACCGCAAUGCUGUAAAUUAAAACAGUCCCUUGAAUGAUA